AUGCGGACCCAGCAGGGCGCGGAAGGGGGCGUGCCCCUGCCAGGCGGGAGCUGUGGCAGCAGCAGGAGCGGCAGCUCGGGGCUGUCGCCGGGGUCCGACUCGGACAGCGGGACGCCCACCGGCAUUGGGAUGGAUGGGAUGGUGGACGGAGGACUUGGUGGGGGUGGCUGUAUUGGAGGAGGAGGGGGCAGCAGCCUGGGUGGCACUCUUAGGGGGGUCCUGUCCCGCUAUUGGAGCUUAGAGAGUCUGCACUCCACCACAGCGUUGGUGGUUCCUGAUGGCGCCGUGGAGAAGACGGGGAUUGGGGAUGAGCUGGGCAGCGAGGAGGAUCUGCUGUACGAGGAGUUUCGCGGCUCCGGCCACCGUUUUGGACACCCAGGCGGAGGAGGAGGAGAGCAGCUGGCUAUCAAUGAGCUGAUCAGCGAUGGCAGCGUGGUGUACGCCGAAGCCCUCUGGGACCACGUCACCAUGGAUGACCAGGAACUGGGCUUCAAGGCUGGUGAUGUCAUCGAAGUAGUGGAUGCCACCAACAAGGAGUGGUGGUGGGGCCGGAUCCUGGACAGUGAGGGCUGGUUCCCUGCCAGCUUUGUACGGUUGCGUGUGAACCAGGAUGAGCCCAUGGAGGAGUACCUGGCCCAGCUGAAGGAGUCCCAGACGGGAGAGGAGGACAGGGCGGCCCUGGGGCUCAUGCUGGGGCCCGGCCUGCCUUGCAAAGAGCAGAUGAGGACCAAUGUCAUCAACGAGAUCAUGAGCACAGAGAGGGACUACAUCAAGCACCUGAAAGACAUCUGUGAGGGCUACAUCAAACAGUGUCGCAAGAGGACAGACAUGUUCAAUGAAGAGCAACUUCACACCAUCUUCGGCAACAUCGAGGAGAUCUACCGUUUCCAGAGGAAGUUCCUUAAAGGCCUGGAGAAGAAAUUCAACAAGGAGCAGCCUCACCUCAGCGAGAUCGGCUGCUGCUUCCUUGAACAUCAAACAGACUUUCAGAUCUACUCCGAGUACUGCAACAACCACCCCAACGCCUGCGUCCAGCUGUCCAAGCUGAUGAAGGUCAACAAGUAUGUGUUCUUCUUCGAGGCCUGUCGACUGCUCCAGAAGAUGAUUGACAUCUCCUUGGACGGCUUCCUGCUCACACCCGUUCAGAAGAUCUGCAAGUACCCGCUGCAACUGGCCGAGCUGCUCAAAUACACCAACCCACAGCACAGGGAUUACAAGGACGUGGAGGCCGCCUUAAACGCCAUGAAGAAUGUUGCCCGGCUCAUAAACGAGAGGAAACGGCGACUGGAGAACAUCGACAAGAUCGCCCAAUGGCAAAGCUCCAUAGAGGACUGGGAGGGGGAAGACGUCCUCAGCAGGAGCUCAGAUCUGAUCUUCUCUGGAGAACUGACCAAACUGUCUCAGCCUCAAGCCAAGAGUCAGCAGCGAAUGUUCUUCCUCUUCGACCAUCAGAUGGUUUACUGCAAAAAGGACCUCCUGCGACGGGACAUGCUGUACUACAAGGGCCGGAUGGACAUGGAUCAGAUGGAGGUCAUCGACGUUGAGGACGGAAAGGAGAAGGACUUCAAUGUCAAUGUCAAGAACGCCCUGAAGCUGCGCUCGCUGACCGGUGAGGAGGUCCACCUCCUGUGUGCCAAGAAGCCCGAGCAGAAACAGCGCUGGCUUCGCGCCUUCACUGACGAAAGGAGGCAGGUCCAAUAUGAUCGCGAAACAGGUUUCUCUCUCACAGAGGUCCAAAAGAAACAGGCCAUGCUGAACGCCUGCAAAAGCCAUCCUGCUGGGAAGCCCAAAGCGGUGACCAGGCCCUACUACGACUUCCUCCUGCGGCAGAAGCAUCCGUCGCUGCCCAGCGCACUGCCUCAGCAGCAGGUCUUCAUGUUGGCCGAGCCCAAACGUAAAACCUCCACCUUCUGGCACAACAUCGGCAGACUGACGCCGUUCAAGAAGUAAAAAGAAAUCCACUAGAAUAAAGAAACGAAAAACGAACAAACCCACCGGAAGUAGAGAGAGAUGGAACGGAGGAAGAGGCGGAGAAACGGAGGAGAGCUCUCUGCUCGUGCCUGAACUGACCCCCCUUUAGUUCUUCUUCUCUUUUCUUUCCUACUCGUAAUGUCGCCCUAACUGAUAACCUGAUCUAUUGUAAAGAUGAAGAUGACUAUGAUGAUGAGGAGGAGGAGGGAUUUUUUUUUUCUUUUGAGAAAGCACUUUAUAGGUUGGCUAACAAUCAGACUUGAGAAUGGUCUACUGCAGACGUUAUGGCAAAAUGUAGGGGAGAGUGGACUAUUGUAUACCUUACUACAACUACUACUACUAUUACUACUACUACUACUAGUACACGUUCAAUCAAGCACCGAUUGGUACUAAUACUACUACUGUAUUGCUGCGAGUGACUGUGGGACUGAGACUGUGCUGCCUCUGUGAAAGACGUUGCCUGUCGACAAAAGUGUUUUGUUUUCUUUCCACCGUUUUGUCGUUUUAUGUUUCAACAGAUGCCAACUGUUCACAGUGCCAGAUGUUUUGAUUUUCUUUUUUUCUUUUUUUUUUUUGUAUUUGUUCAGCGUCUGCUUACGAGAGAAAAAAAAAGGGAAAACAAGGCCGACAACUUUUCCUGCGCUUUUCUCUGUGCAAAUAUAUCUAUGGUUUCAGCGUCGUCUCAGCUGGGGUUUUUUUAGCGUUUCGUUUUUCUUCCACGGGGAUUCGAUUCUCUCCCGUAUUUCUGUCCUGCGCACGCGGUCUUGUGCAAACACUCGAUAAAGGAACUCAAACGGAACCCCGAAGACGAUUCGCCUCAUCACAGAUCUGAAGGUUUUGUUUUUCUCCCCCUCACAAAGCGCUUCUGAAACACAUUCCCUCGACUCUGCCCGUUUACUUUUAUACCCUUUAAGCCCCGCUGACGAAAACAGACAACUUCUGCAUUACUGAAGUGCCAUUCGAAGUGUCACGAAUAACCUGCAUGGGUGAUGAUGAUGAUGAUGGGAAAAACUGUGAAGAAGAUUUUGUUUUUAAAUCUCUCAAAAGUCCCCUGCUAUAUUUAACCGCACUUGGCAUCGUACCUAAAAUUUCAUUUUGUUGUCGGGGGAGUAAAAAAAAAACAAUUAUUGAACGGACCCAAUUUAACUGCCUGCUGUUAUUAUGUUACGAAUACUCCUGUGGUCUUUGGAUUUGGUCUCGGAUAACUUCAUUUCACAUCUCCUCAGUUCAGCCCAAGUGUGAAACACAAGUGCAUUCAGUAAAAUGUGCUCCUCUCACCGUUAUGUUUAAGUGUUCCUAGCUUGUGAGGUUAAAUUAAAAAUU